CCUUUGUCCAUCGCAUAGCUAGCAGGCCGUCCGCGAACCGAGCCGCCUGCUGGGCCAAAUGCUCGAAAGAACCGCGGCCGCGAGUCUGGAAUCAUGCAACAUCCAGCGCAUCCUUCCGAAGCCCACCCGCUCGACCAAGCGCAGCCGCCAGCUUCAUACGGGCUUCUGGCAGCAUGGGGCGUCUGCCAUUGAGCUCGCCAGCAUCUGGCCCUCCAUAGGGCGCAUUCCCGAGGCGGAGCCUGUCGAGAAUGCCACCCGCCCGCUGCAGGCUGGCUUGGUUGCCUCGGCCUUUCUGCUCGAUUUCCUCUAUCCGAGUGCUACAUAUUCGCUCCUGCGGCGGUUGUAUCCAGGGCUCCCGCGGCCUCAGGAUGGAGGCCGUGCUGGUGGUGCUGCUAGGAGGAGGCACUUCACCUCUUCCACUGCCGCUGCUGAGCAUCCCUCGCAAAGGAGCCAGGCAUAUCAACGGGACGAUGGAGCAGCUACGGCACGAGAAUCACAGACCUCUAGCAGUAACUCGAAAGCUGCCUCUUCAGACUAUGACUCUCAGAGCUCAACCUCUUUGCGCGUAGACCACAUGUCCAGGUUGCAGUCAAACGCAGCACAGCUACAAGAUAUGCUUUCACACCAAGGCGAAGAGCGCUUUCACGAUGUAUGGGAUUUAUACUGCAGGCUCGAUGAACAGCAUCAGCUUGAUUUUCGCCGCGACAUGAUUCUUUACCUCGCCAAAUCCCGCGGAAUAGUCGAGGUUGGGAGAGCUAUCUCGCUGUUCCGUCAGAUUCCCAUUUCUAGUUGGGAUGAUGAGCUUCUUGCUGCUGGUGUCUUGGCCUUUACACGGUCCGGCGACCUAGAACAUGCUAUCAGUAGGUUGAAAAGUGGCAUGGAGCUCAAGGGUCUGGUCGGCGGUCUUGAGUAUGUCCUGGCUGAGGUCAUUGCCAACGAGAAAUGGCCGACGCUCAUAGGGGUGUGGCUCGAAUUCUAUGCGUCUCGCCUCAAGUUUGAGCCGGCUGGCCGACCAGAUGCCAUUCGCUUACAGCGGCUCGAAACAUUGCCUGGCUUGGACAGGCUUUUCUUUUCGUUCGAACAAUAUCUCUCUUCCGAGGGCCGCAAAGCCAUUCGCCCCAUCAACAUCUAUGAGACGACCAGAUUGGGUCUCAAAGCUCUGAGAAGAAAAUUGGCAGAGCUGGCGCUGGCCCAGCCUUGUCAGCCAAGGCAAGCUGCUGCCAUAUUAGAAAUCUUCAACGACCCUCAGCUAUACGAGCAUUACUUUCUCCGCGUUCUGGAAAGUUGGCAUAACAAGAUCGAACUGACGUCCAACGUCGCCUGGCUAUCGGAUCUGUACAGGACAUACCGCAAACUCCCCGGCGCGCAUCCGCCCGUCUCGCUCCUCCAGCACAUGUUUGAGCUGCAUUACCCAGCCGGCACGGCAGCGCUCGAAGAGAUCUACCAAGAUUGGCAUCGCGCCUGGGGAGACUUGGAUCAAUGGGGAUACGAAAAGUUCCUCAAGUUCUAUGCAGGCCUGGGCGACAUCCAGGCCGUACAACGGCUAUGGGGGCGGUAUGUGGCCAAGUACCCGGCCGUGCUGAGAAAGCCCAGGGCGUUCAGGAGCACGAUGAAUGCCUAUGCGCAGGUUGGCGACGUCGCCAAAGCCGAAGAAGAGCUUCGCCGCAUGACAGAUCACCACGGAGUCAAGCCCGACUUGGACAUAUGGAACACCUUGCUGAAAUGUUACAUGAGAGCGCAAGAUUACAAUCGAGCCGUCGCUUGCUUCAACGAGAUAUGCGGCAUGUACCGCCCCGACUCCUUUACGUAUGCCCACAUCAUGGCCAUGUCUGCUAAGAAGGGCGACCUGGAAGCAACUCUUGGCUUCUUCAACCGCUCUCAAAAGGACCGGAUCCCCGUCUCGAAAGAGAUGGCCAUGUCUCUGGUCAUGGCGUACUGCCGCAAUGAUCGGCUGUUGGAAGCGGAGAGGAUAUGCAUGGAGCUGGCGGAACGGGGCGCGACGAGCACGGCCAUCUGGAAUCAGCUUAUCCAAUUCAACGGCAUGCAAGGAAAGCUCGGCAAAUGCUAUGAACUGCUGCAAGCCAUGAAGCUGUUUGAUCUCACAUGGGACCAUCAAACGCAUGAGUUUCUUCUUCAGGCCCUUGUCAGGGUAGACCAGGUACAGCCUGCCUACCUCCUCUUGCAGACGGCCUACAAGGAGAAGUUGUUCCCGGUUGGGCCGGAGCAUUUUGCCGUGGUCAUGGCCGGAGCUGUACGUACCGGCGAGCUUGGGCUUGUCGAGCUUCUUGCUUCGCAUCUGCUUAAAGCAGGCCAGUCGAUGAAUUUCAAUGCCAAGGUGGCGCUGGCCGAGGCUUCGUUUCGAAAGACGCCAUCGUCAGAUCGGACGCGCCAGCUUGGCAAAGAGUUCGUGGGCCACCUGCGCUCUAUGCUGGCUCACGAGACCAGCGGACGUGACGCCCGUGCUGUUUCGACGCUUCCGAGGGACAUUCGGCAUCUGAAGAAGCAGACCAAGAGCGUCGGCCGUGCCAUCAAGCUUCUGGUUGAGCUGCGAGACUUCAAGACGGCCGAAGAAGUCAUGAACUUGUACAGCAGCAUAUUCCCCAAACACAGGGGCGGCGAACCGUUCCCUCCCGAGGUGAUUUCUGCGCUGAUGCUGGGCUACUUCAAGGACAGGAAGUUCCGCCAGAUACACAAGAUGUGGAACGAGAUGUGGAACAGAGUACUGGUCCGAGCCAAGCAUCGCAAAGCGGCGGGCAUCUAUCCCGUCCACGAGUAUGACGUCUCCAGGCCGAUGGCAGUUCUGGCAAAAACUUUCAGGGAAGAGAACGACGGAAACGGCUUGCUCAAAUGCGUUGAGCAGGUCACUUCCUCUGGCUUCAAGCUGACGAGAAACAACUGGAACCUCUUGAUUCGAUAUCUGGCCGAGAUGGGCCAAUGGGAGCCCGCGAUGCGCUGGUGCGAGACCAUGCUCAUGCCGCGCUGGCGUGGGUGGAAACCGAGCAAGAGGAGCCUUCAGGAGCGCCGCCAUCUCAGGAACACGCGCGUGCUGCAGGCGUCCAACGCGGCGGUCCUCAGCUUGCAGCACCAGUGGCUGAAGCUGCGCAAGUUGGCUGCCUGGUCGGCCGAUGUCUCUGCCAAGUUGAGGGAGAUUGAGAGGAAAUAUCCUCGUCUUCAUUACGCCUUCACCAAUACGGAUUUCGAGAAUCUCUCGAGCGGCUGGGAUAGCCGCAGAGCAAGUCUAAGGAAGAAGGCCAUGGAGCUGCUUAGGCCUUUCUCGCAUGCGGAGCUUAAGCGAAUGAAGAGGAGGUUGGAGAGACAGCUUCGGUCUCAGCGCAAUAAACGGCAGCAGAGGCGGCAACUGAGAAGCUCGCUGCGAGCGAUUUCGAGCGUGUCAAGGAGACGAGCUCGUGGUGCGCGAGUGCCUGUGGCCAAGGCGGAGAAGACGAAGCCUCAGACGUCUACGGGAAACAAGGACGAGAAGGAGGAGUGA